GUAAACGCGCUGGAUUAAACAUGUCCGAUAUAUUCAUUGAAGCUUACCGUUCGUUCUUUAAUGGUAGUGGAUAGUUAUGGGAAAUUCGAAUUCGUCUAAUAAUGAUCAAAGCAGUUGGAUCACGGUUCCUCCUUUAGACGUGACCAGAUUUAUCCACACAUGUCCAGACUGUCAGUGGUAGACACUAUCAAUGGGGAGACGCGAUGUUUCACUUUCUACUUCAGUCAGCUUAUAUUUUUUGUCAGAUAAUGACGCUUCUGCGCCUAUGUUUGAACCAUCACUUCGGUCUGUAGUCGAAAGACGACCUAUUUUCUCUUCUAAAAUUUCAUUCAAUAAUGGUCAAUCAUCCAAUUCUAUGCUUCCAGCAGCGAUAGCACCGGAUUCUUCACAAAGCUUUGAUCAGAUACGCUACCAACCCUAUAAUACUAAUUAUGUUCCCGACGCAGUUCAGCAGAUUAAGGGAGCGAAAUGGACAAAUGAUUUUGUGGGUGUUCCAGUAACUGCUGGUGAUAAAUCAUCUGUUGGAAAUUCAUCAUGUCUACCUAACACUCAUCAGUCAACAAACUUCUCACCAACUCAACAGCCUGCCAACUUCUUAAACAAUUCAGUUGCGCAGAUACGAAAUAAUCCAUCACAUAAUUCACCCCAGAUAUCUACAGAAGGGCAAUUUGUCGCUUUGCAUGAUUACGUCAAACGUGUAGAUGAUGAUUUGAAUAUGACCAAAGGACAAAUAUUUAAUAUACUCGAUAAUUCACACUCUGAUUGGUGGUAUGCGGAAUGUGUAUCUACUGGUAAUCGAGGAUAUGUACCCAAAAAUCAUUUAGCAGCUGUUACCAGUUUAGAAUCCAAUGAAUGGUAUUUUGGAGAAUUGAAACGUAUCGAAGCUGAACAUUAUCUUCAACUUCCGGGAAAUGAUCACGGCUCUUUUUUGGUUCGAAUCAGUGAAUCUCAAUCCAGUGAAUAUUCUUUAUCAGUACGAGAAGAGAAUACUGUUAAGCAUUAUCGUAUUCGAUCAAGAUAUUCACGAACUGAUCCUACAUUAAAACGUUUCUACAUUUCACGACAACUGCCUUUUGUUAAUAUUCAACAGCUAGUCAAUCAUUAUUUAGAGAAUCAAUCUGGUUUAUGUUGUCGAUUGGGAAAACCGUGUAUUCGACCAACCCAUCCAGAACCUGUGGGUCUUUCACACAAACUCAUUGAUAAAUGGGAAAUUCCAAAAUCUUCAAUUAUUUUGAAGGAAAAAAUUGGACAAGGUCAGUUCGGUGAAGUAUUUAAAGCUGUAUGGAAUAAAACAACAAUUGUUGCUGUGAAAACGCUUAAGCCAAGUUCUUGUGAUGCUGCUGAUUUUCUCCGUGAAGCUCAAACAAUGAAACGCUUACACCAUCCUAAUCUGAUACAAUUGUACGCUGUUUGUACACAGACAGAACCUUUCUACAUAGUUACAGAAUAUAUGUCCAAAGGUUCUUUACUAAACUACUUACAAUCUCCUGAAGGUCAUGCACUAGAUAUGCAAUGUUUAAUUAUGAUGGCUGCUAAAAUAGCUUCUGGUAUGGCGUAUCUUGAAUCCAGGCGUCAUAUUCAUCGAGAUUUAGCUGCUAGGAAUGUUUUAGUUGGCGAACAACAUGCUGUGAAAAUAGCAGAUUUCGGUCUUGCUCGUAUGAUUCAUAACAGAGAAUAUGUAGCACAUGCAGGAGCUAGAUUCCCUAUAAAGUGGACAUCACCUGAAGCAGCUAAUUAUUCACGUUUUACCAUAAAGUCUGACGUGUGGUCUUUUGGCAUUCUGCUGACUGAAAUAGUCACAUAUGGUCGUUCUCCUUAUCCAGGAAUGCAUAAUGCUGAAGUCCUCAGACAAGUGGAUGCUGGAUACCGCAUGUCGAAACCACCCGGUUGCCCACCAGAAAUAUAUGACCUUAUGCUAGAAUGUUGGGCAGCUGAUGAAAAUAAACGACCAUCUUUUGCAACAAUCCACUUUCGUUUGGAACAGUUCUGCGAAGAUGAACAACCAGCCUACAGAAAUGCAAAUACCAAUAUCCAUAGUCAUCCUAAUGGAAAUUCAAUAGCUUUGCAAAAUAAACAAAAUCCCUCCUCUGGAGCCUACCACAACCACAUCGAGAUUUCUGUAUCACCAUAACUUUUAGAUUCUUGGUAUAGUGACAUCAGUGUCCUGAAUUGAAUGAUAAUGACCGCAGUGAUUCGGCACUUACAACUUUGUUUCUAUCAAAUCAUGUAAAUUUAACUCCAUCUACCUGUAAAUAUGAAUACCAAAUAUUGAUGUUCAAGUAUAGGGACUAUUUGUAUGACAGACUAGUCAUGAAAACCGGAACCAACCAAAUAGCUUCUCGAAGCAAUAUGUACUUCUGUUUGUUGAUAACUCGUUUCAAUUAUUAUACAAAUUAUUUUGUACCACGUUAUGUUUAUCCCUCCCUGAUUUAACCAACUGUUAACUUAUUGUUUGGCCAUUUGCUUGUUCUCUGUGCUAAAGCCUAGGUUUUUUUUACUCAGUCUCUUCUAUAAAUAAAUCAAUAUCCCGACCCUUC